AUGGGCGCCCGCGCCGCCGGCCACCGCGCAAACGGGGCUGACCGCGCCGGGCCCACGAGCCCCCGGAGGGGCGGAGUGUAUGUAGGUGAAUCCAGAAGGGGCGACACGAGUCGCCCGGCCGCGCCGACCGCCCCGGCGUACCGGGGGAGCGACGACGACCAUCCAAUUGCCCCCACUAUCGCCCUCGCGGGCGCUGGCGGGCUGCGGCAUACGGCCCUCGGGUGGGGGUCCGGACCCGCGGACACGCCCACAAAGGGCGGCUCCCGCGGGCGGCUCCCCCGGGAAUCUGGGUAUCAGGACUGGCCAGCGGCCAACGAUCCACAGACUCCAUCGGUGCCGGGACCAAACGGCCCCCGGGCUUCGGUCAUCCCAGCGAUGUGGGGCUCCCGGGCGUUUUUAAGCACGGCACGAAACGAGCCCGGGACGGGCGCCCGUCGCAUGUCUCGGGGGUCACGGGCGCGCCCAUUGCUGGACGCUCCGAACACCGUUGACAGCCUGGACGACCCGACCAAGGACGCUGCGCGCCGGCCGCUCGAGAGUAGAAACCACGGCUGGGAUGGGCGACUGCCCCCAGAGGCGGCCUGCCUGGCAGGGAAGAAGUGGCCGGCGCAGAGCUCGCACGCCACCAGAGGUGACGCGGCUCUCGCCUUCCACAUAGAACCACCGACCUCGACCGGGCCGACAUCGUGCGGGCAAACGUUCCCGGGUCCGGACCUGGCUGGCGGGGGCCCGUUUUGUAUGGGGUGGUCCGUGCGUCAACCCGCGCGCCCAUACAAAGUGGGCCUCUCAGGUUCGCCCGUUGCUUGGGCCGCAAGGGGACUUGGUCAACUCGCGCCGUCUCGCGCGCGCGCGCAGGGCCGGUCCUGGCCAACGGCGCCGGCCCCUGGCCUCCCUCCUGCCCGCCUGCCGGUCUGCCCCCCCCAAGGGUCCCCGCCAACUGGUCACCCCCGGGGCGCGCGCGCCCGGCUUCCAUUGACCCCAGUGCCUGUGUGUCUCGAUAAGUGGCCGGUAUAUGGCGCGCGCGCGCCCGGCCUAUAUCUGUAA